GGUGGCAGCGGCGGCCCCGGAGACUGGGAGGAUGGCGGACACAGACCUGUUUAUGGAAUGUGAGGAGGAGGAGUUAGAGCCGUGGCAGAAAAUCAGCGACGUAAUCGAGGACUCGGUGGUUGAAGAUUACAAUUUGAUCGACAAAACCGCUACGGUUUCAGUGAGCGUGCAACCGGUCGCCACCCCCAUGCCGAUCGUCGCCCACGCGUCCAUUGGCGGCAACCUCUCCACGCCAACGCCCGUCAGCACCAGCGGGCCUAUCAACAGCGAUGGGACGAAGAAGACCCUCGUCACGCUCUUCGCGAACAACAGCGCCGGCACUCCUCUGGUCCAGCAAGGCGGGCAGCCGCUCAUCCUCACGCAAAGCCCCGCCUCCGGCCUCAGCACCGUGGUGACCCAGCCAGUCCUCCGGCCCGUACAGGUCAUGCAGAACGCCAACCACGUCACCAACGCCCCCGUGACCAGUCAACCCAUCUUCAUCACCACCCAGGGUUUCCCCGUGCGGAAUGUCCGGCCCGUGCAAAACACCAUGAACCAGGUGGGGAUCGUCCUGAAUGUACAGCAAGGCCAGACGGUGAGGCCCAUCACGCUAGUCCCAGCCCCAGGUACCCAGUUUGUGAAGCCCACCACCGUCGGCGUCCCUCAGGUCUUCUCCCAAGUGGCCCAGGUGAGACCAGGACCGACCAUGCCGGUCCGACCGCCCUCCAACACUUUCACGACGGUCAUUCCGGCCACCCUCACCAUCCGGAGCACAGUACCGCAGUCCCAGGCGCAGCCGCAAAUGAGCAUCGCCAGCUUCGUGACGGUGAAACGGCCCGGCGUGACGGGGGAGAACAACAACGAGGUGGCGAAGCUGGUGAACACGCUGAACACCGUCCCUUCGCUAGGCCAAAGCUCAGGACCCAUCGUCGUCUCCAACAACAGCCCCGCCCACGGCUCCCAGAAAGUGGGCGUCUCCGAAUCCUCAUCCCUAAAAGUCAGUUCUUCUCCAAUCCCCGCCUUCGAUUUGCAGGACAGCGGCAAGAAAGUCUGUCCGAGGUGCAACGCCCAGUUUAGAGUCACUGAAGCUUUAAGAGGCCAUAUGUGCUAUUGCUGCCCCGAAAUGGUGGAAUUCCUCAAGAAAGGGAAGCCCUCCGAGCCUGAACCAAAUAUCCAGUCCCCCAAGCCCUCCUCCCCGGAGAAGAACGCCGCCGUCGCCUCGCCCCCUUCCUCCACCCCGAUCCCCGCGCUCUCGCCGCCGGCCAGGGUCUCCGAGCCAAGCGACGGCACGGGCGACGCCGCCCAGAGCAAGCUGAUCAUGCUGGUGGACGACUUCUACUACGGCAGGGACGGCGGCAAAGUCAACCAGCUGCUGAACUUCCCCAAGGUGCCGACGUCCUUCCGGUGUCCGCACUGCACCAAGAGACUCAAGAAUAACAUACGGUUUAUGAACCACAUGAAGCACCACGUCGAACUGGAUCAGCAGAACGGGGAAGUGGACGUCCACACCAUCUGCCAGCACUGUUACCGGCAGUUCAACACUCCCUUCCAGCUGCAGUGCCACCUGGAGAACGUGCACAGCCCUUACGAGUCGACCACAAAAUGCAAAAUCUGCGAGUGGGCGUUUGAGAGCGAGCCCAUGUUCCUGCAGCACAUGAAGGACACCCACAAGCCAGGAGAGAUGCCCUACGUCUGCCAGGUCUGCCAGUACCGCUCCUCGCUCUACUCAGAGGUGGACAGCCAUUUCCGGAUGGUGCACGAGGACACGCGGCAUCUCCUCUGCCCGUACUGCCUCAAGGUCUUCAAGAACGGCAACGCUUUCCAGCAGCACUUCAUGAGGCACCAGGUAAAGCACAAAAAAAACUGCAACAAGUGCCGCCUUCAGUUUCUCUUUGCCAAGGACAAAAUCGAGCACAAGCUACAGCACCAUAAAACGUUCCGCAAGCCCAAGCAACUGGAGGGUCUGAAGCCGGGCACCAAGGUGACCAUUCGGGCCUCCAGGGGUCAGCCCCGGUCGGUACCCCUUUCUUCCAACGACAUGUCCCCCGGCUUCCUGCAGGACUCCACCUUGAUGUCGGCUUCUUCAGACCCUCAGCCCAACUUCCCGUACCCGCCACUCCAGAGGAACGUCCAGAAGAAAGCUGUCAGGAAAAUGAGCGUCCUCGGCAGACAGACCUGCCUGGAGUGCAGCUUCGAAAUCCCGGAUUUCCCCAACCACUUCCCCACCUACGUCCACUGCUCGCUCUGCCGCUACAGCACCUGCUGCUCGCGCGCCUACGCCAACCACAUGAUCAACAACCACGUUCCCCGCAAGAGUCCGAAGUAUUUGGCCUUGUUCAAAAACUACACCGUCUGUGGAGUGCGGCUGGCCUGCUCUGCCUGUCUCUUCUCAACGUCCGAAGGUGACGCCAUGGCCAAGCACCUGGUCUUCAACCCCUCGCAUGAGUUCAGCAAUAUCGUAAUACGAGGUUCUACCUGGACUUCACUUCCAAGGCACAGCCAGCCUUUGGACAGAGGUGUGACAGCACCAGCCUCUACUCUCCCCCCAAGCGAAGCCGCUACUGUGAACACACAAUCUCCUCCGCCCGAGGAGGAGAAGAACGAGGCGGCACCUGAGGUGGAGCCUGAGGCCGUCCCGAAGCCCGCCCCUCCCCCGGAGGAAGAGUGCUUAAAUGUGGACGAAGAAGAAGACCGAGAGGAGGAGCAGGAGGAGCAGCUGGAGCAGCCGGCAAAGGAACCACCCGAGCCAGUCAGCAAAAAUGAGCAGCUGUCAGUGAAGAAGCUCCGGGUGGUCCUCUUUGCCUUGUGCUGCAACACAGAGCAGGCGGCCGAACACUUCAAGAACCCCCCGAGGCGGAUCCGGCGCUGGCUGCGGAAGUUCCAGGCCUUCCAGGAGGAGAACGUGGGCUCCUUGUCCGAGGGCAAAUACCUGAGUUUGGAGGCUGAGGAGAAGCUGGCGGAGUGGGUCCUGACGCAACGUGAGCAGCAGAUGCCGGUCAACGAGGAGACCCUCUUUCAGAAGGCCACCAAGAUCGGGCGCUCCCUGGAGGGUGGCUUCAAGAUCUCCUACGAGUGGGCGGUCCGCUUCAUGCUGCGGCACAACCUCAGCACACACAGCCGCCGGGCGGUGGCUCACCCCCUUCCCAAAGACGUUGAGGAGAGUGCCAGCAGCUUCGUCGAGUUUGUGCAGCGGCAAAUCCACACGCAGGAUCUGCCGCUCUCCAUGAUAGCGGCCCUCGAUGAGAUAUCCCUCUUCCUGGACGCGGAGGUGCUGUCCAACGACGACCGCAAGGAGAACGCCCUGCAGACGGUGGGGACGGGCGAGUCCUGGUGCGACGUCGUCCUGGCCAUCCUGGCCGAUGGAAGCGUGCUGCCCACCCUGGUCUGCUACCGGGGCCGUGUGGAGCAGGCCGCCAGCAUGCCGGAGACCAUCCUCCUGGAGGCCAAGGAGAGUGGCUACCACGACGACAAGAUCAUGGAAACGUGGGCCUCCAAAGUGUGGCAGAAGCACGCGGAGGCCCAGAAUAGCAAAGGCAUGCUGGUGCUGGACUGCCACCGGACACACCUGUCGGAAGAAGUCCUCACUCUGCUGAACGCCACCAGCACGCUGCCGGCCGUGGUGCCCGCCGGCUGCAGCUCCAAGCUCCAGCCGCUGGACGUGUGCAUCAAGCGAACCGUGAAGAACUUCUUGCACAAGAAGUGGAAGGAGCAGGCCAAGGAGAUGGCUGACGGCGCCUGCGACUCGGACAUCCUCCUCCAGCUGGUCCUCUGCUGGCUGGCCGAGGCCCUGGAGGGCAUCGCCGACUGCCCCGAACUGGUCCAGCAGUCCUUCCUGGUGGCCAGCGUGCUGCCCGGCCCCGACGGCACGGCCAACACGCCGGCCCGCAACGCCGACAUGCAGGAGGAGCUGCUCGCCUCGCUGGAGGAGCAGCUCAAGCUGGGCCGGGAGCCCCACGACGACGACGAUGACCCAGCCAGCCGGCCCAACGGGGGCCCCCGCGAGGAGUCGGCCGGCCCCGAGAUCCUGCACCAGCUCUUCGAAGGGGAGAGCGAGACCGAGUCCUUCUACGGCUUUGAGGAUGCAGAGCUGGAGAUGAUGGAGAUCUGAGGGACCCGGCCCCGAGAGGGCUCCUGGCUGCCCCCCUUCGCCUCGGACACCACCGCGGUCGCCUCCCUGCGGAUUGGGGGGCGCCGCUGGAGUCACGUCAGUGAACACCUAGACUGGAAGCC